AUGUCGACCUGGGGUGAAUACUUCCGUGUCACCACUUAUGGUGAAUCGCACUGCCGCUCUGUCGGCUGCAUCGUCGAUGGCUGCCCACCCGGAAUGGAGCUCACUGAGGAUGACAUCCAACCGCAGAUGACUCGGAGACGCCCCGGCCAGAGCGCUCUUACGACCCCACGGAACGAGAAGGACCGCGUUGAGAUCCAGUCAGGUACAGAAUUCGGUGUCACCCUGGGUACUCCGAUCGGUAUGAUGGUGCGCAACGAGGACCAGAGGCCCAAGGAUUAUGGCGGUAGCACAAUGGACCUCUACCCGCGUCCCAGUCACGCCGACUUCACCUACCUGGAGAAGUAUGGUGUUAAGGCCAGCAGUGGUGGUGGCCGUAGCAGUGCCCGUGAGACGAUCGGCCGUGUCGCUGCCGGAGCCAUUGCCGAAAAGUACCUUCGUCUAUCGCAUGGUGUCGAGAUUGUCGCAUUCGUCUCCUCCGUCGGCAACGAACACUUGUUUCCCCCAACCCCCGAACACCCCACCCCCUGCACCCAGCCCGAGUUCCUGAACCUGAUCAAGACCAUCGACCGCAAGACCGUCGACUCCUUCGUGCCCACCCGCUGUCCUGAUGCCGAUGCCGCCGCCCGCAUGACCAAGGUGAUCGAGCAUUUCCGGGACAACCAUGACAGCAUCGGCGGCACCGUCACCUGCGUGAUCCGCAACGUGCCUGUCGGUCUUGGCGAGCCUUGUUUCGACAAGCUCGAGGCCAAGAUCGCCCACGCGAUGCUCAGCAUCCCCGCCACUAAGGGUUUUGAGAUCGGCUCUGGCUUCGGCGGCUGUGAGGUUCCGGGCUCGAUUCACAACGACCCUUUCGUUGUCUCCGACGUGGCUUCUCAGUUGGGCUCCAACACCUCGACCAAACAGCGUCUCACCACCAAGACCAAUAAUUCCGGCGGUAUCCAGGGUGGCAUCUCCAACGGCGCCGACAUCUACUUCCGCGUUGCCUUCAAGCCCCCGGCCACCAUCGGCCAGGCCCAGACCACCGCCACUUAUGCCUUCGAGGAAGGUGUUCUCGAGGCCAAGGGCCGCCACGACCCCUGUGUCACCCCACGCGCCGUCCCCAUCGUUGAGGCAAUGUCCGCCUUGGUCAUCAUGGACGCCCUCAUGGCUCAGUACGCUCGUGAGAGCGCCAAGAGCCUUCUGCCCCCCCUACCCAGCACCAUCCCCACCCGUCCUACUCUGAGCGGUGCUAAUUAA